AUGGAACCCGGACAGCCCCGGGAGGUCCGUGAACCCGGACCAGGGGCAGAAACCGCUGCGGCGCCGCGCUGGGAGGAGGCCAAGACUUUCUAUGACAAUCUCUCGCCCAAGAAGAAACCCAAAUCGCCAAAGCCUCAGAAUGCGGUCACCAUCGCUGUGUCCUCUAGAGCCUUGUUUCGCAUGGACGAGGAGCAGAGGAUCUACACGGAGCAAGGGGUGGAGGAGUACGUGCGGUACCAGCUGGAGCAUGAGAAUGAGCCCUUCAGCCCCGGGCCAGCCUUCCCCUUUGUGAAGGCCUUGGAGGCUGUGAACAAGCGGCUACGGGAGCUGUAUCCCGAUAGCGAAGAUGUUUUUGACAUUGUCCUCAUGACCAACAACCAUGCUCAAGUGGGAGUCCGUCUCAUCAACAGUAUCAACCACUACGACCUGUUCAUUGAGCGAUUCUGCAUGACAGGUGGGAACAGCCCCAUCUGCUACCUCAAGGCCUACCACACCAACCUCUACCUGUCAGCUGAUGCGGAAAAAGUACGAGAAGCCAUUGAUGAGGGGAUUGCCGCUGCCACCAUCUUCAGCCCCAGCAGGGACGUGGUUGUGUCCCAGAGUCAGCUCCGCGUGGCCUUCGAUGGGGACGCUGUGCUCUUCUCUGACGAGUCAGAGCGCAUUGUCAAGGCCCAUGGACUGGACAGAUUCUUCGAGCAUGAGAAGGCCCACGAGAACAAACCUUUGGCGCAGGGCCCCCUAAAAGGCUCUGAAGCACUUGGUAGACUGCAGAAGAAAUUCUACUCCAAAGGCCUGCGGCUGGAGUGCCCAAUUCGUACUUACUUGGUGACAGCACGCAGCGCAGCCAGUUCUGGGGCGUCGCCCUCAAGACCCCUGCGAAGCUGGGGCCUGGAGACGGAUGGAGGCCUUAUUCCUAGCUGAGCGCCAAGGGCCCCCCUUCUGGAGAAGAUCCGCCCACACAUCUUCUUUGAUGACCAGAUGUUUCAUGUGGCUGGGGCACAGGAGAUGGGCACAGUGGCUGCCCAUGUGCCUACGGGCGUGGCCCAGACACCCCGGAGGGCGGCUGCAGCUAAGCAGACUCUAGGUUCACAGCAGUAG